CCCAUUUUCUGAAACCGACCUAGUUUGUUUAGAAGGAGAAGGAGAAGCAAAUAUGCCAGGGUUAAGCUGCAACGCGUGCAACAAAGAAUUUGAAGGAGAAUCGGAUCAGAAGCUCCAUUACAAGUCCGAAUGGCACCGCUACAACCUCAAACGCAAGGUUGCUGGAGUUCCGGGGGUGACAGAAGCGCUCUUUCUGGCUAGACAAUCCGCACUUGCGGAAGAGAAAAAUAAGUCUAAUGAGACUCCUAUGCUCUAUAGUUGUGGUCUCUGCAACAAAGGAUACAGAAGUUCCAAGGCUCAUGCUCAACACCUAAAAUCACGAAGUCAUGCGACAUUGGCUUCCCGAGGAAUGAGUGAUUCAGAUGAUAGGAGUGCUAUAAUUAGGCCCCUCCCGCCCCGUGUUGUAAAUAAGCUUCCCCAACAAAGAGCGCAAUAUGACGAAGAUAGUGAAGAAUCUGAUGAGUGGGAGGAGGUUGAUCCAGAGGAAGAUUUGGUUGGUGAAGCCACAGAUAGUUUGUCUCAUUUGGGUGUGAAUGAGCACACCACCAAUGUUCAUAUGGAUGAUGAUGACAAUGAGUAUGAGUUGGAUCCAUCAUGCUGCUUUAUGUGUGAUGUAGAGCAUGAUACAAUAGAGAGCUGUAUGGUUCACAUGCACAAGCAACAUGGCUUCUUCAUACCUGAUGUGGAAUAUCUGAAAGAUCCAAAAGGCCUUCUUACUUAUCUCAGCCUCAAAGUUAAAAGGGAUUUCUUGUGUUUGUACUGCAAUGAGAGAUGCCAUCCUUUCAACAGCUUGGAAGCAGUUAGGAAACAUAUGGCAGCAAAAAGUCAUUGCAAAGUGCAUUACGGUGAUGGUGGGGAUGACGAAGAAGCAGAGUUAGAAGAAUUUUAUGAUUAUAGCAGCAGUUAUGCGGACACAAAUGGGAAGCAACUGGUUGAAGCCAAUGAUAUGAGCAAUACAGUUGAUCUUGGAAGUGGUGGGUCUGAGCUCAUAAUAACUCAGAGAACUGAUGGCAGAAUAUCAACCAAAAUGCUUGGAUCUCGUGAAUAUUUGCGCUAUUACCGUCAAAAGCCACGCCCAUCACCUACAAAUGGCAUUGCCAUCACUGCUGCUCUGGCCUCAAGGUAUCGAAGUAUGGGAUUGGCAACAGUGCAGUCAAAGGAGCAGAUGGUGAGGAUGAAGGUUAUGAAGGAGAUGAACCGAUCAGGGGUGGAGGCCAUGCGCUCUAAGAUGGGCAUGAAGAGUAAUGUCAUUCGUAACCUCCCCAAGAAUGUUACAUAUUAGUCCUUUUCCUUGGGCGAAAAUCAACGUCACAUUUGGUUAUUUGUCUGUUAAAAGUCUUUACUUUCAAGAUGUGGUUUAGUAUAUCUAGGACAAACAAUGGCUUGUGGAUUUGUCCUUGGUGGUACAUGGUUUUGUAUCAUCUCUUCUUUCAUAUAUGGGCAUGUUUUCUUAGAUGAUUUUAUGCCUGAGAAGUCCAGUUUUCAAUUUUGAUGAACUCCGACCCAUUGUUUUCAGUGGUCUGUCCUUGUGAUAUAACAAGGGUUUGUGUUGAGAUAUGUUUGGCCGCAGUCA